GUGUGGACAGGAAGGGUCUGCGGCCUGGGGCUCACACCCACAGUGAGGCUCCGAGGUGGGGACGCCACUUGCCAGCUCUGGGGUAUCAGGACGCCUUCCAAAGUCAGCUUUCCUUCCGUCUCCGCAGAAGGCCCACCCCAAGCCCAGCCCUUUUCCCAAGGCCUGACAGCUUCAGACCUUGGGGAGAAGAGGAAGGAAGGAGGGAGAAGGGAUAGAGGGAUUGCAGAAUCGGGGCUGGAGGAGAGGAGGGAGGAGCACUUUUUUUUUUUUUUUUAACUUGCGGUGCCGGCCUCUCCCCUGUUUGCUCUGAGAUACCAGUCUCGCUCCUGCCCAGCCCGGGCGGCUGCCCUUGGGUGCUCCCUUCCCUGCCCGACAGCCAGACCGACCUUGACCGACCACCUGGCAAGAGCAGGACCGGACGGCCGGACGCGGCCAUGACCAAGCUCCCGGGGCCCUUUCUCUGCGGGGCCCUGCUAGGCCUCCUGUGCCUGAGUGGGCUGGCCGUGGAGGUGAAGGUACCCACGGAGCCGCUGAGCACGCCCCUGGGGAAGACAGCCGAGCUGACCUGCACCUACAGCACGUCGGUGGGAGACAGCUUCGCCCUGGAGUGGAGCUUUGUGCAGCCUGGGAAGCCCAUCUCUGAGUCCCAUCCAAUCCUGUACUUCACCAAUGGCCAUCUGUAUCCAACUGGUUCUAAGUCAAAGCGGGUCAGCCUGCUUCAGAACCCCCCCACAGUGGGGGUGGCCACACUGAAACUGACUGAUGUCCACCCCUCAGAUACUGGAACCUACCUCUGCCAAGUCAACAACCCACCAGAUUUCUACACCAAUGGGUUGGGGCUAAUCAACCUUACUGUGCUGGUUCCCCCCAGUAAUCCCUUAUGCAGUCAGAGUGGACAAACCUCUGUGGGAGGCUCUACUGCACUGAGAUGCAGCUCUUCUGAGGGGGCUCCUAAGCCAGUGUACAACUGGGUGCGUCUUGGAACUUUUCCUACACCUUCUCCUGGCAGCAUGGUUCAAGAUGAGGUGUCUGGCCAGCUCAUUCUCACCAACCUCUCCCUGACCUCCUCGGGCACCUACCGCUGUGUGGCCACCAACCAGAUGGGCAGUGCAUCCUGUGAGCUGACUCUCUCUGUGACCGAACCCUCCCAAGGCCGAGUGGCCGGAGCUCUGAUUGGGGUGCUCCUGGGCGUGCUGUUGCUGUCAGUUGCUGCGUUCUGCCUGAUCAGGUUCCAGAAAGAGAGGGGGAAGAAGCCCAAGGAGACAUAUGGGGGUAGUGACCUUCGGGAGGAUGCCAUCGCUCCUGGGAUCUCUGAGCACACUUCUAUGAGGGCUGAUUCUAGCAAGGGGUUCCUGGAAAGACCCUCGUCUGCCAGCACCGUGACGACCACCAAGUCCAAGCUCCCUAUGGUUGUGUGACUUCUCCCGAUCCCUGAGGGCUGUGAGGGGGAAUAUCAAUAAUUAAAGUCUGUGGGUACCAUCCUGUCUCCU